AUGCAGCCCUUCUCGAUUGCAUCGCCCUCGACGUGGGCUCUAUUAGCCCUGCCGUUCCUCUCCUCUGUACUCGGCUCGCCGUUGCUACAGCAGCGCGCAAAGGGGCCAUGGAAAGGUCUGGAUACCAACUUCCCGGAUCCUAGCUUCAUGAAAGCCGCCGACGGCAAGUGGUAUGCCUUUGGCACCAACGGCAAUGGCAAGCGCGUGCAAGUUGCCCGAUCUGACGACUUCAAUACCUGGACUCUCCUCGACGUUGAAGCCCUGCCAACUCUGGCAUCCUGGGAGACCAACAUCGACCACUGGGCGCCAGAUGUAGUCAUGCUGGACAAUGGAAAAUAUGUCAUGUACUACUCAGGUGAAGCAAAGUCAGAUCUGCGACACCACUGCGUCGGCACAGCCGUCUCAGACAAGCCUGCUGGUCCAUACGUGCCAAACGAGACACCACUUUCCUGUCGUCUGGACCGGGGCGGAUCCAUCGAUCCAUCCGGCUUCAAAGACAAAGACGGCAGCCGAUACGUCGUCUUCAAGGUCGACGGCAACAGCAAAGGCCACGGAGGAGACUGCAACAACGGCGUCGAGCCUCUCGUCGGAACACCUAUUCUCCUACAAAAAGUCGGCGCGGACGGAUUCACUCCCGUCGGCGACGCAGUCGAGAUCCUCGAUCGCAACACAGCCGAUAACGAUGGUCCACUCGUCGAAGCGCCAAAUCUGAUUCUACACGGCGACACGUACUUCCUCUUCUACUCGACGCACUGCUUCACUGAUCCCAAGUAUGAUGUUCGUUACGCGACGGCGUCUAGCAUCACGGGUCCGUACACCAAGAAUAACAACCCGAUGAUUAGCGCCGCCAACACGGGUCUUCUUUCGCCUGGUGGUGGUACAGUUUGCGGCUGCGGUGAUCGUAUGCUGCUACAUGCUUUCUGUACCGAGGAGAGGACUGACAGGUGCAUGUAUGUCGCUGAUGUGAAUAUCAGCGGGAAGACAGCAUCACUUGCUUGA